GAGUCAUUUCAAUAGACGGUCAGCCAACACAAGGAAAGUCACCCACACUACUUGCUACAUGAGCUCGUAACUUGUAUUUUAACGAGAAGAGUUAUUAUUCGACAGAAUUUCUCCAGUCGAGGUUGAUCCGUAUUCCACCGCUGCCAACAUGUCGGAUUUAGAGAGACUGAAGAUGACCGGCGCUGGGAAAGCUAUCGCCUUGUUGACAAGUGGCGGAGAUGCACAAGGAAUGAAUGCAGCUGUCCGCGCUGUGACCCGGAUGGGGAUAUUUGUUGGAGCCAAGAUGUACCUCGUAUAUGAGGGCUACCAGGGUCUGGUGGAUGGAGGGGACAACAUCAAGCUGGCCCACUGGCAGAGUGUCACCAACAUCAUACAGCAGGGUGGCACGGUGAUCGGCAGUGCUCGUUGUAAGGUCUUCACCACGCGGGACGGUCGCCUGGCAGCAGCCUUUAACCUGGUGAAGAGAGGCAUCGCCAAUCUGUGUGUGUGUGGAGGAGACGGCAGCCUCACCGGAGCUAACAUCUUCAGGACCGAGUGGACUGGACUGCUGGCUGAACUGGUUCAGAAAGGCCGGAUCACCGACACCCUAGCGAAGCAGCAUGAUCACCUGAACAUCGUAGGGUUGGUUGGAUCUAUAGACAACGACUUCUGUGGGACAGACAUGACCAUAGGAGCUGACUCCGCCCUGCAUCGCAUCAUGGAGAUAGUGGACGCCAUCACUACCACCGCACAGAGCCACCAGCGUGCAUUUGUCCUGGAGGUCAUGGGACGUCACUGUGGGUAUCUAGCGUUGGUGUCUGCUCUGGCCUCCGGAGCAGACUGGCUCUUCAUCCCAGAGGCUCCACCAUUAGAGGGCUGGGAGGACCACAUGUGUGCCCGCCUGGAGCAUAGUCGCAGUAAGGGCUCCAGACUAAACAUAGUAAUCAUCGCUGAAGGGGCCAUCAACAGAGCUGGUGAACCGAUCUCUUCAAGCUACGUCAAGGAUCUGGUAGUGAAGAGGCUGGGCUAUGACACCCGGGUGACAGUCCUAGGUCAUGUACAGCGAGGGGGAACACCCUCCGCCUUCGACCGGGUGCUGAGCAGUAAGGUGGGAGUGGAGGCUGUCGUCGCUCUGUUAGAGGCCACUCCAGAGACCCCAGCCUGUGUCAUCGGCCUGUCAGGAAACCAGGCUGUCCGGCUGCCUCUUGUGGAGUGUGUACAGAUGACUAAAGAGGUUCAGAAGGCCAUGAAUGAAAAGAGGUUUGAUGAAGCCAUCCAACUGAGAGGAAGGAGCUUUGAGAACAACUGGAACAUGUACAAACUGCUUGCCUUUCAGAAGCCUGCUGUUACCAAGAGCAACCACACGCUGGCGGUGCUGAAUGUGGGUGCUCCAGCAGCAGGGAUGAAUGCAGCGGUCCGGUCGGCGGUCAGAGUGGCGCUGGCCUACGGUCACAAGGUCUACUCUGUCAACGACGGCUUCGAGGGGUUGGCCAAUGGAGCGGUGACAGAGAUCGAGUGGCACGGUGUGGCUGGAUGGACUGGCCAGGGUGGAUCUCUUCUGGGGACUAAACGAACCCUUCCCAGUACUUGCAUGCAGAAGAUCGUGGACACCAUCACCAAGCAUAAUAUCCAGGCUCUGCUGAUCGUUGGGGGAUUUGAGGCGUACGAGGGCGUGCUGGAGUUAUAUGAUGCUCGCGGUAGCUUUGACGAGUUGUGUAUCCCCAUGGUGGUGAUCCCUGCCACCAUCAGUAACAACGUACCCGGGACAGACUUCAGUCUGGGGGCAGACACGGCUGUCAACGCUGCCAUGGAGAGUUGUGAUAAGAUUAAGCAGUCGGCUACAGGGACCAAGAGAAGGGUGUUCGUAGUGGAAACUAUGGGAGGCUACUGUGGUUACCUGGCAACCUACGCCGGUAUCGCUGUGGGAGCAGACGCUGCUUACAUCUUCGAGGACCCCUUCAACCUCCAGGACCUAAAGACUAACGUGGAGCAUCUCGCAGAGAAGAUGAAGGAAGACAUCCAGAGGGGUCUGGUGCUGAGGAAUGAGAAGUGUCACCUUCACUACACCACUGAUUUCAUCCACAAGCUGUAUUCUGCCGAGGGGAAGGGCAUCUUCGACUGUAGGGUCAACGUGCUGGGGCACCUCCAGCAGGGAGGUGCACCAACACCCUUCGACAGAAACUGUGGCACCAAGCUGGGUGUGAAGGCUGUGCAGUGGCUCACGGAGAAGAUGAUCAACAACUUCAGACAAGGUCGUGUGUUCGUCAACGCCCCAGACACAGCGUCUGUCAUCGGCUUCAGUAAGAAGGUCCUGUCCUUCAUCCCUGUGACUGAACUUAAGGCACAGACUGACUUUGAGCACCGGAUGCCCAAGGUCCAGUGGUGGCAGAACCUGCAUCAGAUUCUGAAGAUGUUGGCCAAGCACCAGACCAGCUUCAGCGAGUACGUCCCUGGAGAGAUGGAACAUGUGACCCGACGCUCUCUCAGCAUCGACACUGGCUUCUAGAACACAUAUUAACCCUGGACUGUAGACACCGGCUUCUAGAACACAUACUAACCCUGGACUGUAGACACCGGCUUCUAGAACACAUACUAACCCUGGACUGUAGACAUCGGCUUCUAGAACACAUACUAACCCUGGACUGUAGACACCGGCUUCUAGAACACAUAUUAACCCUGGACUGUAGACACCGGCUUCUAGAACACAUACUAACCCUGGACUGUAGACACCGGCUUCUAGAACACAUAUUAACCCUGGACUGUAGACACUGGCUUCUAGAACACACACUAACCCUGGACUGUAGACAUCGGCUUCUAGAACACACAUUAACCCUGGACUGUAGACACCGGCUUCUAGAACACAUACUAACCCUGGACUGUAGACACCGGCUUCUAGAACACACUAACCCUGGACUGUAGACACCGGCUUCUAGAACACAUAUUAACCCUGGACUGUAGACACCGGCUUCUAGAACACAUAUUAACCCUGGACUGUAGACACCGGCUUCUGGAACACAUACUAACCCUGGACUGUAGACACCGGCUUCUAGAA